AUGGCUGCCGAUACUAAUGGCGAUGCAGCAGCGGUUUUAGAUGAUAUUAAACCACCUCAGGGUGUCGUCUUACCACCCAAAGAAUUUAGAACUAUCCUCGAGAAGACAGCCGGAUUUGUCGCCCGAAAUGGUAUCGCAUUCGAAGAUCGCGUCCGAGAAAAAGAGAAGAACAAUCCUAAAUUCAGUUUUCUUAGCAGCACCGACCCAUACAACCCUUAUUAUCUAUGGAGAUUAAGUGAGAUCAAAGAAGGUCGCGGUACUGCUGUAGCUGCAGGCAGGACAGGUGAAGCUGCUGCUGUUGUCGAAAAGAAACCUGCUGGUCCUCCCAAGCCUCCGGAUUUCCAAUUCUCCGCGCGUAUGCCCAACAUCAGCACCCAGGAUCUCGAAGUUGUGAAACUGACUGCGCUGUUUGUUGCAAAGAAUGGCAGGCAGUUUAUGACCACUCUCUCCCAAAGAGAGGCUGGUAAUUACCAGUUUGACUUUCUGAGACCGAACCACAGUCUUCACAAUUUUUUCCAGCACCUUAUCGAUCAGUACUCGAUGCUCCUACGAGCUGGCGGCAUCGAUGGCGAAGGAGGAAAGGUUCAGCAAGAGAGGAUUGCUGAACUUCAACACAAUAUCGACGAUAAAUAUCACAUCCUAACCCGCGCCCGACAAAGGGCUGAAUGGCUGAAACACCAAGAGGACGAGAAGCAGAAGAAGGAAGAGGAAGAAGAGAAGGAACGACUAUCCUACGCUCAGAUCGACUGGCACGACUUUGUCGUUGUCGAAACCGUUGUCUUUACCGAAGCCGACGACCAAGCGAAUCUACCCCCACCGACUUCUCUCUCUGAACUGCAAUAUGCUUCUCUUGAACAGAAGGCUAGGAUUUCAGUCAGUGCUAACUUGCGUAUCGAGGAAGCGAUGCCUACAGACGAUGAUAAUGCCUACGGCGGAUAUGCGCAACCACCAAAUUAUAACCUUCCUCAUCACCCCGCCCAACAGGCGCAACAUCUACCGGGAGCUCAACCACCAGCUCCUCAAGGCGCGUAUCAGAUGGCACCACCGCCACGUCCAGGUGGUACUCAAGAGGACGAGGAAACACAGCGGAUUCGGGAAAGAGAAGAGGCUCGCUUGCGUAUGCAGCAUGCCCAGGCUGAGGCAAAGGGUGGCGCGGCUCCGAUGAAGAUCAAGGAGAAUUAUGUUCCCCGUGCUGCUGCGAGAGCGGCUAACCGACAAGGCACCCAGAUGGCUUUGUGUCCGAACUGCCAUCAGCAAAUACCGAUGAACGAGUUAGAGGCGCAUAUGAGGAUCGAGUUACUAGAUCCUCAAUGGAAAGAGCAGAAGGCCAAAGCCGAAUCACGAUAUGCGACUACGAACCUGUCACAUUCCGACGUUGCCAACAACUUGAAGCGAUUCGCAAGUCAGCGAGGAGAUUUGUUUGAUGGCGUCACCGGACAACCAAUUUCGGAAGAAGAGAUGGCGAGAAGAAAGCGAGCAGCACUGAAUAGCUUCGACGGCAACCCCGAGGGUAGAAGCCAGGCCCAUAUGAACCACAUGCAGAGCGUAAAUGUCGACGAACAGAUUGCACGCAUUCAUCAGAGGUUUGCUAAAGAUAAUCAACAAGGUCAUUAA